AUAGUUGUGGAUGGCAUGAAUUUCCCAAGCACCAAAUUAAGCUAAGCAUUAGCAACACCUAAAACUCUGAGUUAUAUCCACUCAAAUAAGCAACAUGACACCAACAAUCCCCUCAGAUCUCACUGAAUUCGUGAUGCUUCAAGGGAAUGGAGUAAAGGGUCUCUCUGAAAUGGGUCUAAAGAGUCUCCCAAGUCAAUAUAUCCAACCUUUGGAAGAGAGGAUGAUCAAUAAUGUUGUGCCUCAUCAAGAGUCCAUUCCCAUCAUUGACAUGUCCAAUUGGAAUGACCCAAAAGUGGAAGAUGCAAUUUGUGAUGCAGCUGAGAAGUGGGGUUUCUUCCAAAUCAUCAACCAUGGGGUGCCCCUUCAAGUGUUGGACAAUGUUAAGGAUGCUACUUAUAGGUUUUAUGGACUUCCACCUGAGGAGAAGGUUAGGUACACAAAAGAUAACUCUCCAUCCAAGCAUGUGAGGUAUGGGUCUAGCUUUAGCCCUCAAGCAGAGAAAGCCCUAGAGUGGAAAGAUUAUCUAAGCCUCUUCUAUGUUUCUGAUGAUGAGGCUGCAGCAAUGUGGCCCCCUGCAUGCAGGGAUGAAGCACUAGAAUACAUGAAGAGAUCCGAAACCGUGAUCAAACGACUUUUAAAUGUGUUGAUGAAGAGGCUAAAUGUGAGCAAAAUUGAUGAGACAAAUGAAUCACUAUUAUUGGGUUCAAAGAGGAUCAACCUAAACUAUUACCCUAUUUGCCCUAACCAUGACCUAACCGUAGCAAUAGGUCGACAUUCUGAUGUCUCAACCCUAACCGUUCUCCUUCAAGAUGAAACUGGUGGCUUGUAUGUUCGAGCACCAGAUCACCAUAAUUGGAUUCACGUGCCACCGAUCUAUGGUGCCCUAGUUAUCAACAUAGGUGAUGCACUUCAAAUAAUGAGCAAUGGACGAUACAAGAGUAUUGAGCAUCGUGUGACAGCCAAUGGAAGCAAGACUAGGGUUUCGGUGCCUAUUUUUGUGAACCCUAGACCCUCAAAUGUGAUUGGCCCUUUGCCUCAAGUGCUUGCUAGUGGGGAGAAGGCAAUAUAUAAGAAUGUGCUGUAUUUGGAAUAUGUGAAACAUUUCUUUAGCAAACCUCAUGAUGGGAAGAUGACCAUUGAAUAUGCCAAGAUAUGUUGAGUUUAGUUCCUUUAGGAAGUACUAUAUACCUAUGCGGAUAUUUGAAGUUAUUUAAUUAUGAUAUGAUGCAAAGUAUAUAUAUUUAAGUGUCUCUCUAUAUAUAUCUUAGAGUUAAUCACUUAUAUACUGUGUAAAGUUUUUUUACACUAGCAACCAAUUAUAUCUUUUAAUUGUGUCAUGCACUGUUAAAAAUAAAUGUGUUUAUAAUGACAUAGUACAAUUAAAAAAUAUAAUUGGUUGUCAGUAUAAAAAAACUUUACACUUGAAAUGUAUAUGUGAUUAUCUCUAUAUCUUAUAUGUUGAAUAUGAUUUAGAUGUAUGUGUGUUCAUAAUAAAGAGGGGCUUUGAAGGGUUAGUUUUGUAUUGUAAUAAUGAAUAUGUCCCUUUAAAAGUCGAGGCUCUUUGUGGUUAUAAAUCAAGUUCCAAAUUUCAUUAU